AUGAAGAAGGAACUUGGGCUGCUGUCCUACAGGAAUGGUCCAUUUACAGGCACUCCGCCCACCUACGGUUAUGACGCGGACCGAGCAGAGGAGCAGCGCCGACACCAUGACAUUCUGCCCUACAUCGACGACUCCCCCUCCUCCUCCCCUCACCUCAGCUCCAAGAGCCGCAGCAGUCGAGACACCCUCUCCUCCGGCUCGAUCGAGUCCUCCAAGUCUACGGAGUUGGACCUGGAGAAGGGAUUGGAGAUGAGGAAAAGGGUGUUGUCUGGAAUCCUGGCCAGUGAAGAGACCUACCUCAGCCAUCUGGAGGCGCUGUUACUGCCCAUCAAGCCCCUGAAAGCAGCAGCCACCACCUCCCAGCCUGUUCUGACUGUUCAACAGAUCGAAACCAUCUUCUUUAAAGUGCCUGAGCUCUAUGAGAUCCACAAAGAAUUCUAUGAUAGCCUUUUACCCAGAGUGCAGCAGUGGAGUCACCACCAACGUGUGGGAGACCUUUUCCAAAAACAAGCUAGCCAGCUUGGAGUGUACAGGGCCUUUGUGGAUAAUUACGAACUCGCCGUGGAGACCGCAGAGAAGGGCUGUCAAGCAAACACACAGUUCGCAGAGAUCUCUGAGAGUCUCAAGGUCAGGAGCACCAAGGAGUGCAAGGACCUGACAGCCAAAUACUCACUGGAAACUCUGCUCUAUAAACCAGUGGACAGAGUGACCCGGAGCACACUUGUUUUACAUGAUCUUCUGAAACACACACCUUCCAGUCACCCAGAUUACCCCCUCCUGCAGGACGCCCUCCGCAUCUCACAGAACUUCCUGUCCAGCAUUAACGAAGAGAGCACGCCUCGCCGCCAGUCCAUGACAGUGAAGAAGGGAGAGAACCGUCAGCUGUUGAAGGAUGGCUUCAUGGUGGAGCUCGUUGAAGGGGCUCGGAAACUACGCCAUGUUUUUCUCUUUACUGACCUCCUGCUCUGUGCCAAACUGAAGAAACAGAUUGGAGGUAAGAGCCAGCAGUAUGACUCCAAGUGGUACAUUCCUCUCUCGGACCUCACUUUCCAAACGGCAGAAGAGUCUGAACCCAUGCCUAUCCCACAAGUCCCUGAUGAGGAGCUGGAUGCCAUUAAGAUCAAAAUCUCGUCCCUGAGGAGUGACAUCCAGAGAGAGAGGAGGGCCAACAAAGGGUCAAAGGUUAUGGAAAGGCUGAAAAAGAAGCUGUCGGAACAGGAAUCGCUACUGCUGCUGAACUCUCCUAACAUGCCCCUCAGAGUACACAACCGCAAUGGAAAGAGCUACAUGUUUCUGAUCUCAUCGGACUAUGAGCGUGCCGAGUGGAAGGAAGUGAUCCGAGAACAGCAAAAGAAAUGCUUUAAGACCUUCAGCCUGACAUCCAUGGAGCUUCAGAUGCUCACCAACUCAUGUCUCAAACUCCAGACGGUCCAUCAAUUACCCCUCACUGUCAAUAAAGAGGAGGAUGAGUCUACUGGACUGUACGGAUUCUUGAAUGUAAUUGUCCAUUCUGCCUCUGGACUUAAACAGAGUUUAAAUCUGUAUUGCACAUUAGAGGUGGACUCCUUCGGCAUCUUUGUGAAUAAAGCCAAAACAAGAGUGUACAGAUACACCACAGAACCCAAGUGGAAUGAGGAGUUUGAGAUUGAGUUGGAGGGCUCCCAGACAUUACGUCUACUGUGUUAUGAGAAAAGCUACAACAAAGCUAAGAUGAACAAGGAGGAUGGAGAGAGCACUGAUAGAAUUAUGGGCAAAGGACGAAUCGCGUUGGAUCCUCAGAUGCUCCAGGGUAAAGACUGGCAGAGAACAGUCAUACCUAUGAAUGGGAUUGAGGUGAAGAUAUCUAUGAAGUUCACCAGCCGUGAGUUCAGCCUGAAGAGAAUGCCCUCACGGAAGCCCAUGGGUGUGUUUGGAGUAAAUAUCUCCAUGGUGACAAAACGGGAACGCUCUAAAGUGCCCUACAUCGUCAGACAGUGUCUAGAGGAGAUCGAGAGAAGAGGAAUGGAGGAAGUGGGCAUCUACCGUGUCUCAGGAGUGGCCACUGACAUUCAGGCACUCAAGACUGCCUUUGACACCAAUAAUAAAGACGUGUCAGUAAUGAUGAGUGAGAUGGAUGUGAACGCCAUUGCCGGAACGCUGAAGCUGUACUUCAGGGAGCUUCCUGAGCCCCUGUUCACUGACGAGCUCUACCCUAACUUUGCAGGAGGCAUUGCUCUUUCAGACAGCGUAGCUAAGGAGAGCUGUAUGCUGAACCUCCUGCUUUCUCUACCAGAGCCCAACCUGGUCACCUUCCUCUUCCUGCUGGAUCAUCUCAAGAGGGUUGCAGAAAAGGAGAGCGUAAACAAGAUGUCUCUUCACAAUCUGGCCACCGUGUUUGGCCCAACCCUGCUACGACCUUCUGAGAAGGACAGUAAAAUCCCCACUAACCCUACACAGCCUAUCACGAUGGGGGACAGCUGGUCACUGGAAGUCAUGUCACAGGUGCAAGUUUUGCUGUAUUUCCUUCAGCUGGAGACCAUCCCGACGCCAGACAGUAAGAGACAGAGUAUCCUGUUUUCCACAGAGGUGUAAAGGAAUCCUUAUUCCCAUUGUAAGUCUUACACCAGUGGGAGAGGGAGUAAGCAAGCAUGUCCACCCACUGGGUAUUAUGGACACUGGAAUGCACAAGAGCAACUCCUCCUGGGCAAAAGCAGGAGUGCUUCGCCUUUCGCGCUUUUUUUCUAGCUGUCGCCACUAGGGGGCAACACAGCCCCUUUAAACAUUGAAGAACUCGACUUACUCGGAGCACAUUUUGAAUAUUACUGAACCCUCCAUGUAAACCGCCAAUUUUCCUCUGAACAUCAGUGUCCGUUCAGCACCUUCGCUUUUCAUUUUGUGACUCCUCAGAUCCCUGAGCAUGCUCUUGUGUCUGGUCUUUCAUAUCAGCUGGUGACUGAAUUCUGUCUCUUCUGGCUUUUUUGUGUUUGUCCUCAUUUCGCCUGUCCCCACUGGACACUGAUGCUCUUUCUGUGCUGCUACAAUUCAGUAUCCAGCUCCAAACCGUUCCAGAUUUUGGAGCCUUUUAUAUGAUAGAUAAUUACAUGGCAGUUCAACGUAGUUCUUUUUACAGACUCUUUAAAGGUCAAAUGGAUAGCUUCUGUUAGUGUAUGUCAAUCAUUUAAAUGACUUAAUUUAAAAGGAUUUCUUUGUAGAAGAUAGUGUUUGGUUCAGUUAUUGUCAGUCUUGAUGUGAUUCUAAUUUAAGAUAACAUUGAGAAACAAACAUAAAAUUGAGAAAAAUCUUGCUAAUAUAAAAACAUUUUUUGGCCCAUACCUCUCUAUCAAGCAAUAUUUAAGCAUUCAUGAGUGUGUUUAAAAACAUAUGAUACAUGUUUCAUUAUGCUUUCGUAGUCAAGAUUUUUUUCCC